GGCACAGACAACCGAGUCAGGAAGAGCAAGUCCAGCACCCUCACAGGUGACCACUGGAGACUCCCCAAGAACAGCCCCAGAUGAAGGAUCGAACCCUAACCAAAGCACCCCAAGGUCAACAGCCACAGCAGAGACAGCAGAUGUCCCUCAAAAAAUAGUCCUAACAACCCAGACAGUUCCACACCCCGAAGCUUCUGAGACAACAGUCCUCCUCACAGAAGCUGAAACCUUCCAAGGAAGCUCAGUUUCAAGAGACACAGCUGAAUCUUACCAGACGUCCUACACCUCAGCCCUGACUGAGGAGUCUAUAACCUCUCCAAACACCAUAGUUUUGACACAAAAAACGGAAGGGCUUGAAACAUCCCCAAGAAUCUCUCAAGAACUCUUCACAACCCCUACAGUUUCCUCAGAAACUGCUGUCCAUCCUGAGACCACCCAUAUCACAUCUCAAUAUGAGGCAUCUACAACUUCCCCAGGCCACCCGAUUUCCACACAAGACACUCAGGGCACGGAGAACACCCCAGGAGUCUUCCCUCAGGACUCUACGACCUUUGCGGCCAGCUCCGUUUCACCAGAGACAGCUGUCCCCGCUCAGAGCUCCCACACCACCCACCAACCCCAGGCGUCCACAACAUACCCUAGCAGCCCGAUUUCCACACAAGCAACUCAAGCUCCUGACAUGUCUCAAACAACAGCCUACGUGAAGGAGUCCACAUUAUUCCAGAGCAGUCCAGUUUCCACACCAACACCUGCAACUGCUGACACCUCACCCACCACAGGACAGUUGGAGGCACACACAACCUCCCUGAGCGGCGUGCUUUCAACACAGGCCACUCAAGACACGGAGACCUCUCAGGGAACAGUCUUCACUCAGGAGGCCACAACUCUCCGGAACACCUCAAUUUCAACAGAGACUGCUCUACCUCCUGAGACCAGCCACACCUCAGCCCUGACGGAGCCUUCUACAGUCUCCCCAAGAAGCCCAGUUUCCACGCAUUCUUCUCAAAACACCGAUUCCUUGCAGACUACAGUCUUCACAGAGGAAGCUACAACCAGCUCAGGUUCCUCACAAACAGCCCUACCUCCUGAGACGUCCUUCACUGCAGCCCCAACUGAAGCUUCCACGGCCUACCAAAGCCACCCAACUUCAACAGAAGGGAUCCCACAAUCGACAGUCUUCACUCAGGAGUCCACAGCCUCCCCAACAAGCACAGUUUUCACAGAAACAGCUGGAAUUCCUGAGACCUCCUACACCUCAGCUGUUACUGAGGAGCCUACAGCCUCACCACAUAUUCCAACUUCUACUCAAACAACUCAAGACGCUGAGACAUCCACAACACUCUUGACUCAAGGACCUACCCUCUUCCCAUCACCCUCAGUUGGAACAGAAACCCCUGUACCCACUGAGACUUCCCACACCUCACCUGUAAGUGAGGCGUCCACAACGCACUAUUGGACCUUGACCUCAACACAGGCAACUCAACCUACAGAGACCUCAGAAGUAAGGUCCACUCAUGCAUCUACAACCUUCCCCAGCCAUGCGGUUUCCACAGAAACAGCCCUUCCUCUUCACACCUCUCCAACCACAGGACACACUGAGGCACACACAACCUCCCUGAGCGGCUUGGUUUCUACACAAGCACCUCCAGUAACCAGGAGCUCUCAGGGAACAGGGUUCACUCAGGAAUGGACCACUCUCCAGAGCACCACAAUUUCAACAGAGACUGCUGUACCCCCUGAGACCACCUACACCACAUCACAACCUGAGGAAUCUUCAACUUCCACAAACCACCCGAUUUCCACACAGGACACUCAGGGCACGGACAACACCCCAGGAGUCUUCCCUCAGGACUCUACGACCUUUGCGGCCAGCUCCGUUUCACCAGAGACAGCUGUCCCCGCUCAGAGCUCCCACACCACCCACCAACCCCAGGCGUCCACAACAUACCCUAGCAGCCCGAUUUCCACACAAGCAACUCAAGCUCCUGACAUGUCUCAAACAACAGCCUACGUGAAGGAAUCCACAUUAUUCCAGAGCAGUCCAGUUUCCACACCAACACCUGCAACUGCUGACACCUCACCCACCACAGGACAGUUGGGGGCACACACAACCUCCCUGAGCGGCGUGCUUUCAACACAGGCCACUCAAGACACGGAGACCUCUCAGGGAACAGUCUUCACUCAGGAGGCCACAACUCUCCGGAACACCUCAAUUUCAACAGAGACUGCUCUUCCUCCUGAGACCAGCCACACCUCAGCCCUGACGGAGCCUUCUACAGUCUCCCCAAGAAGCCCAGUUUCCACGCAUUCUUCUCAAAACACCGAUUCCUUGCAGACUACAGUCUUCACAGAGGAAGCUACAACCAGCUCAGGUUCCUCACAAACAGCCCUACCUCCUGAGACGUCCUUCACUGCAGCCCCAACUGAAGCUUCCACGGCCUACCAAAGCCACCCAACUUCAACAGCAGGGAUCCCACAAUCGACAGUCUUCACUCAGGAGUCCACAGCCUCCCCAACAAGCACAGUUUUCACAGAAACAGCUGGAAUUCCUGAGACCUCCUACACCUCAGCUGUUACUGAGGAGCCUACAGCCUCACCACAUAUUCCAACUUCUACUCAAACAACUCAAGACGCUGAGACAUCCACAACACUCUUGACUCAAGGACCUACCCUCUUCCCAUCACCCUCAGUUGGAACAGAAACCCCUGUACCCACUGAGACUUCCCACACCUCACCUGUAAGUGAGGCGUCCACAACGCACUAUUGGACCUUGACCUCAACACAGGCAACUCAACCUACAGAGACCUCAGAAGUAAGGUCCACUCAUGCACCUACAACCUUCCCCAGCCAUGCGGUUUCCACAGAAACAGCCCUUCCUCUUCACACCUCUCCAACCACAGGACACACUGAGGCACACACAACCUCCCUGAGCGGCUUGGUGUCUACACAAGCACCUCCAGUAACCAGGAGCUCUCAGGGAACAGGGUUCACUCAGGAAUGGACCACUCUCCAGAGCACCACAAUUUCAACAGAGACUGCUGUACCCCCUGAGACCACCUACACCACAUCACAACCUGAGGAAUCUUCAACUUCCACAAACCACCCGAUUUCCACACAGGACACUCAGGGCACGGACAACACCCCAGGAGUCUUCCCUCAGGACUCUACGACCUUUGCGGCCAGCUCCGUUUCACCAGAGACAGCUGUCCCCGCUCAGAGCUCCCACACCACCCACCAACCCCAGGCGUCCACAACAUACCCUAGCAGCCCGAUUUCCACACAAGCAACUCAAGCUCCUGACAUGUCUCAAACAACAGCCUACGUGAAGGAAUCCACAUUAUUCCAGAGCAGUCCAGUUUCCACACCAACACCUGCAACUGCUGACACCUCACCCACCACAGGACAGUUGGGGGCACACACAACCUCCCUGAGCGGCGUGCUUUCAACACAGGCCACUCAAGACACGGAGACCUCUCAGGGAACAGUCUUCACUCAGGAGGCCACAACUCUCCGGAACACCUCAAUUUCAACAGAGACUGCUCUUCCUCCUGAGACCAGCCACACCUCAGCCCUGACGGAGCCUUCUACAGUCUCCCCAAGAAGCCCAGUUUCCACGCAUUCUUCUCAAAACACCGAUUCCUUGCAGACUACAGUCUUCACAGAGGAAGCUACAACCAGCUCAGGUUCCUCACAAACAGCCCUACCUCCUGAGACGUCCUUCACUGCAGCCCCAACUGAAGCUUCCACGGCCUACCAAAGCCACCCAACUUCAACAGCAGGGAUCCCACAAUCGACAGUCUUCACUCAGGAGUCCACAGCCUCCCCAACAAGCACAGUUUUCACAGAAACAGCUGGAAUUCCUGAGACCUCCUACACCUCAGCUGUUACUGAGGAGCCUACAGCCUCACCACAUAUUCCAACUUCUACUCAAACAACUCAAGACGCUGAGACAUCCACAACACUCUUGACUCAAGGACCUACCCUCUUCCCAUCACCCUCAGUUGGAACAGAAACCCCUGUACCCACUGAGACUUCCCACACCUCACCUGUAAGUGAGGCGUCCACAACGCACUAUUGGACCUUGACCUCAACACAGGCAACUCAACCUACAGAGACCUCAGAAGUAAGGUCCACUCAUGCACCUACAACCUUCCCCAGCCAUGCGGUUUCCACAGAAACAGCCCUUCCUCUUCACACCUCUCCAACCACAGGACACACUGAGGCACACACAACCUCCCUGAGCGGCUUGGUGUCUACACAAGCACCUCCAGUAACCAGGAGCUCUCAGGGAACAGGGUUCACUCAGGAAUGGACCACUCUCCAGAGCACCACAAUUUCAACAGAGACUGCUGUACCCCCUGAGACCACCUACACCACAUCACAACCUGAGGAAUCUUCAACUUCCACAAACCACCCGAUUUCCACACAGGACACUCAGGGCACGGACAACACCCCAGGAGUCUUCCCUCAGGACUCUACGACCUUUGCGGCCAGCUCCGUUUCACCAGAGACAGCUGUCCCCGCUCAGAGCUCCCACACCACCCACCAACCCCAGGCGUCCACAACAUACCCUAGCAGCCCGAUUUCCACACAAGCAACUCAAGCUCCUGACAUGUCUCAAACAACAGCCUACGUGAAGGAAUCCACAUUAUUCCAGAGCAGUCCAGUUUCCACACCAACACCUGCAACUGCUGACACCUCACCCACCACAGGACAGUUGGGGGCACACACAACCUCCCUGAGCGGCGUGCUUUCAACACAGGCCACUCAAGACACGGAGACCUCUCAGGGAACAGUCUUCACUCAGGAGGCCACAACUCUCCGGAACACCUCAAUUUCAACAGAGACUGCUCUUCCUCCUGAGACCAGCCACACCUCAGCCCUGACGGAGCCUUCUACAGUCUCCCCAAGAAGCCCAGUUUCCACGCAUUCUUCUCAAAACACCGAUUCCUUGCAGACUACAGUCUUCACAGAGGAAGCUACAACCAGCUCAGGUUCCUCACAAACAGCCCUACCUCCUGAGACGUCCUUCACUGCAGCCCCAACUGAAGCUUCCACGGCCUACCAAAGCCACCCAACUUCAACAGCAGGGAUCCCACAAUCGACAGUCUUCACUCAGGAGUCCACAGCCUCCCCAACAAGCACAGUUUUCACAGAAACAGCUGGAAUUCCUGAGACCUCCUACACCUCAGCUGUUACUGAGGAGCCUACAGCCUCACCACAUAUUCCAACUUCUACUCAAACAACUCAAGACGCUGAGACAUCCACAACACUCUUGACUCAAGGACCUACCCUCUUCCCAUCACCCUCAGUUGGAACAGAAACCCCUGUACCCACUGAGACUUCCCACACCUCACCUGUAAGUGAGGCGUCCACAACGCACUAUUGGACCUUGACCUCAACACAGGCAACUCAACCUACAGAGACCUCAGAAGUAAGGUCCACUCAUGCACCUACAACCUUCCCCAGCCAUGCGGUUUCCACAGAAACAGCCCUUCCUCUUCACACCUCUCCAACCACAGGACACACUGAGGCACACACAACCUCCCUGAGCGGCUUGGUGUCUACACAAGCACCUCCAGUAACCAGGAGCUCUCAGGGAACAGGGUUCACUCAGGAAUGGACCACUCUCCAGAGCACCACAAUUUCAACAGAGACUGCUGUACCCCCUGAGACCACCUACACCACAUCACAACCUGAGGAAUCUUCAACUUCCACAAACCACCCGAUUUCCACACAGGACACUCAGGGCACGGACAACACCCCAGGAGUCUUCCCUCAGGACUCUACGACCUUUGCGGCCAGCUCCGUUUCACCAGAGACAGCUGUCCCCGCUCAGAGCUCCCACACCACCCACCAACCCCAGGCGUCCACAACAUACCCUAGCAGCCCGAUUUCCACACAAGCAACUCAAGCUCCUGACAUGUCUCAAACAACAGCCUACGUGAAGGAAUCCACAUUAUUCCAGAGCAGUCCAGUUUCCACACCAACACCUGCAACUGCUGACACCUCACCCACCACAGGACAGUUGGGGGCACACACAACCUCCCUGAGCGGCGUGCUUUCAACACAGGCCACUCAAGACACGGAGACCUCUCAGGGAACAGUCUUCACUCAGGAGGCCACAACUCUCCGGAACACCUCAAUUUCAACAGAGACUGCUCUUCCUCCUGAGACCAGCCACACCUCAGCCCUGACGGAGCCUUCUACAGUCUCCCCAAGAAGCCCAGUUUCCACGCAUUCUUCUCAAAACACCGAUUCCUUGCAGACUACAGUCUUCACAGAGGAAGCUACAACCAGCUCAGGUUCCUCACAAACAGCCCUACCUCCUGAGACGUCCUUCACUGCAGCCCCAACUGAAGCUUCCACGGCCUACCAAAGCCACCCAACUUCAACAGCAGGGAUCCCACAAUCGACAGUCUUCACUCAGGAGUCCACAGCCUCCCCAACAAGCACAGUUUUCACAGAAACAGCUGGAAUUCCUGAGACCUCCUACACCUCAGCUGUUACUGAGGAGCCUACAGCCUCACCACAUAUUCCAACUUCUACUCAAACAACUCAAGACGCUGAGACAUCCACAACACUCUUGACUCAAGGACCUACCCUCUUCCCAUCACCCUCAGUUGGAACAGAAACCCCUGUACCCACUGAGACUUCCCACACCUCACCUGUAAGUGAGGCGUCCACAACGCACUAUUGGACCUUGACCUCAACACAGGCAACUCAACCUACAGAGACCUCAGAAGUAAGGUCCACUCAUGCACCUACAACCUUCCCCAGCCAUGCGGUUUCCACAGAAACAGCCCUUCCUCUUCACACCUCUCCAACCACAGGACACACUGAGGCACACACAACCUCCCUGAGCGGCUUGGUGUCUACACAAGCACCUCCAGUAACCAGGAGCUCUCAGGGAACAGGGUUCACUCAGGAAUGGACCACUCUCCAGAGCACCACAAUUUCAACAGAGACUGCUGUACCCCCUGAGACCACCUACACCACAUCACAACCUGAGGAAUCUUCAACUUCCACAAACCACCCGAUUUCCACACAGGACACUCAGGGCACGGACAACACCCCAGGAGUCUUCCCUCAGGACUCUACGACCUUUGCGGCCAGCUCCGUUUCACCAGAGACAGCUGUCCCCGCUCAGAGCUCCCACACCACCCACCAACCCCAGGCGUCCACAACAUACCCUAGCAGCCCGAUUUCCACACAAGCAACUCAAGCUCCUGACAUGUCUCAAACAACAGCCUACGUGAAGGAAUCCACAUUAUUCCAGAGCAGUCCAGUUUCCACACCAACACCUGCAACUGCUGACACCUCACCCACCACAGGACAGUUGGGGGCACACACAACCUCCCUGAGCGGCGUGCUUUCAACACAGGCCACUCAAGACACGGAGACCUCUCAGGGAACAGUCUUCACUCAGGAGGCCACAACUCUCCGGAACACCUCAAUUUCAACAGAGACUGCUCUUCCUCCUGAGACCAGCCACACCUCAGCCCUGACGGAGCCUUCUACAGUCUCCCCAAGAAGCCCAGUUUCCACGCAUUCUUCUCAAAACACCGAUUCCUUGCAGACUACAGUCUUCACAGAGGAAGCUACAACCAGCUCAGGUUCCUCACAAACAGCCCUACCUCCUGAGACGUCCUUCACUGCAGCCCCAACUGAAGCUUCCACGGCCUACCAAAGCCACCCAACUUCAACAGCAGGGAUCCCACAAUCGACAGUCUUCACUCAGGAGUCCACAGCCUCCCCAACAAGCACAGUUUUCACAGAAACAGCUGGAAUUCCUGAGACCUCCUACACCUCAGCUGUUACUGAGGAGCCUACAGCCUCACCACAUAUUCCAACUUCUACUCAAACAACUCAAGACGCUGAGACAUCCACAACACUCUUGACUCAAGGACCUACCCUCUUCCCAUCACCCUCAGUUGGAACAGAAACCCCUGUACCCACUGAGACUUCCCACACCUCACCUGUAAGUGAGGCGUCCACAACGCACUAUUGGACCUUGACCUCAACACAGGCAACUCAACCUACAGAGACCUCAGAAGUAAGGUCCACUCAUGCACCUACAACCUUCCCCAGCCAUGCGGUUUCCACAGAAACAGCCCUUCCUCUUCACACCUCUCCAACCACAGGACACACUGAGGCACACACAACCUCCCUGAGCGGCUUGGUGUCUACACAAGCACCUCCAGUAACCAGGAGCUCUCAGGGAACAGGGUUCACUCAGGAAUGGACCACUCUCCAGAGCACCACAAUUUCAACAGAGACUGCUGUACCCCCUGAGACCACCUACACCACAUCACAACCUGAGGAAUCUUCAACUUCCACAAACCACCCGAUUUCCACACAGGACACUCAGGGCACGGACAACACCCCAGGAGUCUUCCCUCAGGACUCUACGACCUUUGCGGCCAGCUCCGUUUCACCAGAGACAGCUGUCCCCGCUCAGAGCUCCCACACCACCCACCAACCCCAGGCGUCCACAACAUACCCUAGCAGCCCGAUUUCCACACAAGCAACUCAAGCUCCUGACAUGUCUCAAACAACAGCCUACGUGAAGGAAUCCACAUUAUUCCAGAGCAGUCCAGUUUCCACACCAACACCUGCAACUGCUGACACCUCACCCACCACAGGACAGUUGGGGGCACACACAACCUCCCUGAGCGGCGUGCUUUCAACACAGGCCACUCAAGACACGGAGACCUCUCAGGGAACAGUCUUCACUCAGGAGGCCACAACUCUCCGGAACACCUCAAUUUCAACAGAGACUGCUCUUCCUCCUGAGACCAGCCACACCUCAGCCCUGACGGAGCCUUCUACAGUCUCCCCAAGAAGCCCAGUUUCCACGCAUUCUUCUCAAAACACCGAUUCCUUGCAGACUACAGUCUUCACAGAGGAAGCUACAACCAGCUCAGGUUCCUCACAAACAGCCCUACCUCCUGAGACGUCCUUCACUGCAGCCCCAACUGAAGCUUCCACGGCCUACCAAAGCCACCCAACUUCAACAGCAGGGAUCCCACAAUCGACAGUCUUCACUCAGGAGUCCACAGCCUCCCCAACAAGCACAGUUUUCACAGAAACAGCUGGAAUUCCUGAGACCUCCUACACCUCAGCUGUUACUGAGGAGCCUACAGCCUCACCACAUAUUCCAACUUCUACUCAAACAACUCAAGACGCUGAGACAUCCACAACACUCUUGACUCAAGGACCUACCCUCUUCCCAUCACCCUCAGUUGGAACAGAAACCCCUGUACCCACUGAGACUUCCCACACCUCACCUGUAAGUGAGGCGUCCACAACGCACUAUUGGACCUUGACCUCAACACAGGCAACUCAACCUACAGAGACCUCAGAAGUAAGGUCCACUCAUGCACCUACAACCUUCCCCAGCCAUGCGGUUUCCACAGAAACAGCCCUUCCUCUUCACACCUCUCCAACCACAGGACACACUGAGGCACACACAACCUCCCUGAGCGGCUUGGUGUCUACACAAGCACCUCCAGUAACCAGGAGCUCUCAGGGAACAGGGUUCACUCAGGAAUGGACCACUCUCCAGAGCACCACAAUUUCAACAGAGACUGCUGUACCCCCUGAGACCACCUACACCACAUCACAACCUGAGGAAUCUUCAACUUCCACAAACCACCCGAUUUCCACACAGGACACUCAGGGCACGGACAACACCCCAGGAGUCUUCCCUCAGGACUCUACGACCUUUGCGGCCAGCUCCGUUUCACCAGAGACAGCUGUCCCCGCUCAGAGCUCCCACACCACCCACCAACCCCAGGCGUCCACAACAUACCCUAGCAGCCCGAUUUCCACACAAGCAACUCAAGCUCCUGACAUGUCUCAAACAACAGCCUACGUGAAGGAAUCCACAUUAUUCCAGAGCAGUCCAGUUUCCACACCAACACCUGCAACUGCUGACACCUCACCCACCACAGGACAGUUGGUGGCACACACAACCUCCCUGAGCGGCGUGCUUUCAACACAGGCCACUCAAGACACGGAGACCUCUCAGGGAACAGUCUUCACUCAGGAGGCCACAACUCUCCGGAACACCUCAAUUUCAACAGAGACUGCUCUUCCUCCUGAGACCAGCCACACCUCAGCCCUGACGGAGCCUUCUACAGUCUCCCCAAGAAGCCCAGUUUCCACGCAUUCUUCUCAAAACACCGAUUCCUUGCAGACUACAGUCUUCACAGAGGAAGCUACAACCAGCUCAGGUUCCUCACAAACAGCCCUACCUCCUGAGACGUCCUUCACUGCAGCCCCAACUGAAGCUUCCACGGCCUACCAAAGCCACCCAACUUCAACAGCAGGGAUCCCACAAUCGACAGUCUUCACUCAGGAGUCCACAGCCUCCCCAACAAGCACAGUUUUCACAGAAACAGCUGGAAUUCCUGAGACCUCCUACACCUCAGCUGUUACUGAGGAGCCUACAGCCUCACCACAUAUUCCAACUUCUACUCAAACAACUCAAGACGCUGAGACAUCCACAACACUCUUGACUCAAGGACCUACCCUCUUCCCAUCACCCUCAGUUGGAACAGAAACCCCUGUACCCACUGAGACUUCCCACACCUCACCUGUAAGUGAGGCGUCCACAACGCACUAUUGGACCUUGACCUCAACACAGGCAACUCAACCUACAGAGACCUCAGAAGUAAGGUCCACUCAUGCACCUACAACCUUCCCCAGCCAUGCGGUUUCCACAGAAACAGCCCUUCCUCUUCACACCUCUCCAACCACAGGACACACUGAGGCACACACAACCUCCCUGAGCGGCUUGGUUUCUACACAAGCACCUCCAGUAACCAGGAGCUCUCAGGGAACAGGGUUCACUCAGGAAUGGACCACUCUCCAGAGCACCACAAUUUCAACAGAGACUGCUGUACCCCCUGAGACCACCUACACCACAUCACAACCUGAGGAAUCUUCAACUUCCACAAACCACCCGAUUUCCACACAGGACACUCAGGGCACGGACAACACCCCAGGAGUCUUCCCUCAGGACUCUACGACCUUUGCGGCCAGCUCCGUUUCACCAGAGACAGCUGUCCCCGCUCAGAGCUCCCACACCACCCACCAACCCCAGGCGUCCACAACAUACCCUAGCAGCCCGAUUUCCACACAAGCAACUCAAGCUCCUGACAUGUCUCAAACAACAGCCUACGUGAAGGAAUCCACAUUAUUCCAGAGCAGUCCAGUUUCCACACCAACACCUGCAACUGCUGACACCUCACCCACCACAGGACAGUUGGGGGCACACACAACCUCCCUGAGCGGCGUGCUUUCAACACAGGCCACUCAAGACACGGAGACCUCUCAGGGAACAGUCUUCACUCAGGAGGCCACAACUCUCCGGAACACCUCAAUUUCAACAGAGACUGCUCUUCCUCCUGAGACCAGCCACACCUCAGCCCUGACGGAGCCUUCUACAGUCUCCCCAAGAAGCCCAGUUUCCACGCAUUCUUCUCAAAACACCGAUUCCUUGCAGACUACAGUCUUCACAGAGGAAGCUACAACCAGCUCAGGUUCCUCACAAACAGCCCUACCUCCUGAGACGUCCUUCACUGCAGCCCCAACUGAAGCUUCCACGGCCUACCAAAGCCACCCAACUUCAACAGCAGGGAUCCCACAAUCGACAGUCUUCACUCAGGAGUCCACAGCCUCCCCAACAAGCACAGUUUUCACAGAAACAGCUGGAAUUCCUGAGACCUCCUACACCUCAGCUGUUACUGAGGAGCCUACAGCCUCACCACAUAUUCCAACUUCUACUCAAACAACUCAAGACGCUGAGACAUCCACAACACUCUUGACUCAAGGACCUACCCUCUUCCCAUCACCCUCAGUUGGAACAGAAACCCCUGUACCCACUGAGACUUCCCACACCUCACCUGUAAGUGAGGCGUCCACAACGCACUAUUGGACCUUGACCUCAACACAGGCAACUCAACCUACAGAGACCUCAGAAGUAAGGUCCACUCAUGCACCUACAACCUUCCCCAGCCAUGCGGUUUCCACAGAAACAGCCCUUCCUCUUCACACCUCUCCAACCACAGGACACACUGAGGCACACACAACCUCCCUGAGCGGCUUGGUGUCUACACAAGCACCUCCAGUAACCAGGAGCUCUCAGGGAACAGGGUUCACUCAGGAAUGGACCACUCUCCAGAGCACCACAAUUUCAACAGAGACUGCUGUACCCCCUGAGACCACCUACACCACAUCACAACCUGAGGAAUCUUCAACUUCCACAAACCACCCGAUUUCCACACAGGACACUCAGGGCACGGACAACACCCCAGGAGUCUUCCCUCAGGACUCUACGACCUUUGCGGCCAGCUCCGUUUCACCAGAGACAGCUGUCCCCGCUCAGAGCUCCCACACCACCCACCAACCCCAGGCGUCCACAACAUACCCUAGCAGCCCGAUUUCCACACAAGCAACUCAAGCUCCUGACAUGUCUCAAACAACAGCCUACGUGAAGGAAUCCACAUUAUUCCAGAGCAGUCCAGUUUCCACACCAACACCUGCAACUGCUGACACCUCACCCACCACAGGACAGUUGGGGGCACACACAACCUCCCUGAGCGGCGUGCUUUCAACACAGGCCACUCAAGACACGGAGACCUCUCAGGGAACAGUCUUCACUCAGGAGGCCACAACUCUCCGGAACACCUCAAUUUCAACAGAGACUGCUCUUCCUCCUGAGACCAGCCACACCUCAGCCCUGACGGAGCCUUCUACAGUCUCCCCAAGAAGCCCAGUUUCCACGCAUUCUUCUCAAAACACCGAUUCCUUGCAGACUACAGUCUUCACAGAGGAAGCUACAACCAGCUCAGGUUCCUCACAAACAGCCCUACCUCCUGAGACGUCCUUCACUGCAGCCCCAACUGAAGCUUCCACGGCCUACCAAAGCCACCCAACUUCAACAGCAGGGAUCCCACAAUCGACAGUCUUCACUCAGGAGUCCACAGCCUCCCCAACAAGCACAGUUUUCACAGAAACAGCUGGAAUUCCUGAGACCUCCUACACCUCAGCUGUUACUGAGGAGCCUACAGCCUCACCACAUAUUCCAACUUCUACUCAAACAACUCAAGACGCUGAGACAUCCACAACACUCUUGACUCAAGGACCUACCCUCUUCCCAUCACCCUCAGUUGGAACAGAAACCCCUGUACCCACUGAGACUUCCCACACCUCACCUGUAAGUGAGGCGUCCACAACGCACUAUUGGACCUUGACCUCAACACAGGCAACUCAACCUACAGAGACCUCAGAAGUAAGGUCCACUCAUGCACCUACAACCUUCCCCAGCCAUGCGGUUUCCACAGAAACAGCCCUUCCUCUUCACACCUCUCCAACCACAGGACACACUGAGGCACACACAACCUCCCUGAGCGGCUUGGUUUCUACACAAGCACCUCCAGUAACCAGGAGCUCUCAGGGAACAGGGUUCACUCAGGAAUGGACCACUCUCCAGAGCACCACAAUUUCAACAGAGACUGCUGUACCCCCUGAGACCACCUACACCACAUCACAACCUGAGGAAUCUUCAACUUCCACAAACCACCCGAUUUCCACACAGGACACUCAGGGCACGGACAACACCCCAGGAGUCUUCCCUCAGGACUCUACGACCUUUGCGGCCAGCUCCGUUUCACCAGAGACAGCUGUCCCCGCUCAGAGCUCCCACACCACCCACCAACCCCAGGCGUCCACAACAUACCCUAGCAGCCCGAUUUCCACACAAGCAACUCAAGCUCCUGACAUGUCUCAAACAACAGCCUACGUGAAGGAAUCCACAUUAUUCCAGAGCAGUCCAGUUUCCACACCAACACCUGCAACUGCUGACACCUCACCCACCACAGGACAGUUGGGGGCACACACAACCUCCCUGAGCGGCGUGCUUUCAACACAGGCCACUCAAGACACGGAGACCUCUCAGGGAACAGUCUUCACUCAGGAGGCCACAACUCUCCGGAACACCUCAAUUUCAACAGAGACUGCUCUUCCUCCUGAGACCAGCCACACCUCAGCCCUGACGGAGCCUUCUACAGUCUCCCCAAGAAGCCCAGUUUCCACGCAUUCUUCUCAAAACACCGAUUCCUUGCAGACUACAGUCUUCACAGAGGAAGCUACAACCAGCUCAGGUUCCUCACAAACAGCCCUACCUCCUGAGACGUCCUUCACUGCAGCCCCAACUGAAGCUUCCACGGCCUACCAAAGCCACCCAACUUCAACAGCAGGGAUCCCACAAUCGACAGUCUUCACUCAGGAGUCCACAGCCUCCCCAACAAGCACAGUUUUCACAGAAACAGCUGGAAUUCCUGAGACCUCCUACACCUCAGCUGUUACUGAGGAGCCUACAGCCUCACCACAUAUUCCAACUUCUACUCAAACAACUCAAGACGCUGAGACAUCCACAACACUCUUGACUCAAGGACCUACCCUCUUCCCAUCACCCUCAGUUGGAACAGAAACCCCUGUACCCACUGAGACUUCCCACACCUCACCUGUAAGUGAGGCGUCCACAACGCACUAUUGGACCUUGACCUCAACACAGGCAACUCAACCUACAGAGACCUCAGAAGUAAGGUCCACUCAUGCACCUACAACCUUCCCCAGCCAUGCGGUUUCCACAGAAACAGCCCUUCCUCUUCACACCUCUCCAACCACAGGACACACUGAGGCACACACAACCUCCCUGAGCGGCUUGGUUUCUACACAAGCACCUCCAGUAACCAGGAGCUCUCAGGGAACAGGGUUCACUCAGGAAUGGACCACUCUCCAGAGCACCACAAUUUCAACAGAGACUGCUGUACCCCCUGAGACCACCUACACCACAUCACAACCUGAGGAAUCUUCAACUUCCACAAACCACCCGAUUUCCACACAGGACACUCAGGGCACGGACAACACCCCAGGAGUCUUCCCUCAGGACUCUACGACCUUUGCGGCCAGCUCCGUUUCACCAGAGACAGCUGUCCCCGCUCAGAGCUCCCACACCACCCACCAACCCCAGGCGUCCACAACAUACCCUAGCAGCCCGAUUUCCACACAAGCAACUCAAGCUCCUGACAUGUCUCAAACAACAGCCUACGUGAAGGAAUCCACAUUAUUCCAGAGCAGUCCAGUUUCCACACCAACACCUGCAACUGCUGACACCUCACCCACCACAGGACAGUUGGGGGCACACACAACCUCCCUGAGCGGCGUGCUUUCAACACAGGCCACUCAAGACACGGAGACCUCUCAGGGAACAGUCUUCACUCAGGAGGCCACAACUCUCCGGAACACCUCAAUUUCAACAGAGACUGCUCUUCCUCCUGAGACCAGCCACACCUCAGCCCUGACGGAGCCUUCUACAGUCUCCCCAAGAAGCCCAGUUUCCACGCAUUCUUCUCAAAACACCGAUUCCUUGCAGACUACAGUCUUCACAGAGGAAGCUACAACCAGCUCAGGUUCCUCACAAACAGCCCUACCUCCUGAGACGUCCUUCACUGCAGCCCCAACUGAAGCUUCCACGGCCUACCAAAGCCACCCAACUUCAACAGCAGGGUUCCCACAAUCGACAGUCUUCACUCAGGAGUCCACAGCCUCCCCAACAAGCACAGUUUUCACAGAAACAGCUGGAAUUCCUGAGACCUCCUACACCUCAGCUGUUACUGAGGAGCCUACAGCCUCACCACAUAUUCCAACUUCUACUCAAACAACUCAAGACGCUGAGACAUCCACAACACUCUUGACUCAAGGACCUACCCUCUUCCCAUCACCCUCAGUUGGAACAGAAACCCCUGUACCCACUGAGACUUCCCACACCUCACCUGUAAGUGAGGCGUCCACAACGCACUAUUGGACCUUGACCUCAACACAGGCAACUCAACCUACAGAGACCUCAGAAGUAAGGUCCACUCAUGCACCUACAACCUUCCCCAGCCAUGCGGUUUCCACAGAAACAGCCCUUCCUCUUCACACCUCUCCAACCACAGGACACACUGAGGCACACACAACCUCCCUGAGCGGCUUGGUUUCUACACAAGCACCUCCAGUAACCAGGAGCUCUCAGGGAACAGGGUUCACUCAGGAAUGGACCACUCUCCAGAGCACCACAAUUUCAACAGAGACUGCUGUACCCCCUGAGACCACCUACACCACAUCACAACCUGAGGAAUCUUCAACUUCCACAAACCACCCGAUUUCCACACAGGACACUCAGGGCACGGACAACACCCCAGGAGUCUUCCCUCAGGACUCUACGACCUUUGCGGCCAGCUCCGUUUCACCAGAGACAGCUGUCCCCGCUCAGAGCUCCCACACCACCCACCAACCCCAGGCGUCCACAACAUACCCUAGCAGCCCGAUUUCCACACAAGCAACUCAAGCUCCUGACAUGUCUCAAACAACAGCCUACGUGAAGGAAUCCACAUUAUUCCAGAGCAGUCCAGUUUCCACACCAACACCUGCAACUGCUGACACCUCACCCACCACAGGACAGUUGGUGGCACACACAACCUCCCUGAGCGGCGUGCUUUCAACACAGGCCACUCAAGACAAGGAGACCUCUCAGGGAACAGUCUUCACUCAGGAGGCCACAACUCUCCGGAACACCUCAAUUUCAACAGAGACUGCUCUUCCUCCUGAGACCAGCCACACCUCAGCCCUGACGGAGCCUUCUACAGUCUCCCCAAGAAGCCCAGUUUCCACGCAUUCUUCUCAAAACACCGAUUCCUUGCAGACUACAGUCUUCACAGAGGAAGCUACAACCAGCUCAGGUUCCUCACAAACAGCCCUACCUCCUGAGACGUCCUUCACUGCAGCCCCAACUGAAGCUUCCACGGCCUACCAAAGCCACCCAACUUCAACAGAAGGGAUCCCACAAUCGACAGUCUUCACUCAGGAGUCCACAGCCUCCCCAACAAGCACAGUUUUCACAGAAACAGCUGGAAUUCCUGAGACCUCCUACACCUCAGCUGUUACUGAUGAGCCUACAGCCUCACCACAUAUUCCAACUUCUACUCAAACAACUCAAGACGCUGAGACAUCCACAACACUCUUGACUCAAGGACCUACCCACUUCCCAUCACCCUCAGUUGGAACAGAAACCCCUGUACCCACUGAGACUUCCCACACCUCACCUGUAAGUGAGGCGUCCACAACGCACUAUUGGACCUUGACCUCAACACAGGCAACUCAACCUACAGAGACCUCAGAAAUAAGGUCCACUCAUGCACCUACAACCUUCCCCAGCCAUGCGGUUUCCACAGAAACAGCCCUUCCUCUUCACAUCUCUCCAACCACAGGACACACUGAGGCACACACAACCUCCCUGAGCGGCUUGGUUUCUACACAAGCACCUCCAGUAACCAGGAGCUCUCAGGGAACAGGGUUCACUCAGGAAUGGACCACUCUCCAGAGCACCACAAUUUCAACAGAGACUGCUGUACCCCCUGAGACCACCUACACCACAUCACAACCUGAGGAAUCUUCAACUUCCACAAACCACCCGAUUUCCACACAGGACACUCAGGGCACGGACAACACCCCAGGAGUCUUCCCUCAGGACUCUACGACCUUUGCGGCCAGCUCCGUUUCACCAGAGACAGCUGUCCCCGCUCAGAGCUCCCACACCACCCACCAACCCCAGGCGUCCACAACAUACCCUAGCAGCCCGAUUUCCACACAAGCAACUCAAGCUCCUGACAUGUCUCAAACAACAGCCUACGUGAAGGAAUCCACAUUAUUCCAGAGCAGUCCAGUUUCCACACCAACACCUGCAACUGCUGACACCUCACCCACCACAGGACAGUUGGUGGCACACACAACCUCCCUGAGCGGCGUGCUUUCAACACAGGCCACUCAAGACAAGGAGACCUCUCAGGGAACAGUCUUCACUCAGGAGGCCACAACUCUCCGGAACACCUCAAUUUCAACAGAGACUGCUCUUCCUCCUGAGACCAGCCACACCUCAGCCCUGACGGAGCCUUCUACAGUCUCCCCAAGAAGCCCAGUUUCCACGCAUUCUUCUCAAAACACCGAUUCCUUGCAGACUACAGUCUUCACAGAGGAAGCUACAACCAGCUCAGGUUCCUCACAAACAGCCCUACCUCCUGAGACGUCCUUCACUGCAGCCCCAACUGAAGCUUCCACGGCCUACCAAAGCCACCCAACUUCAACAGAAGGGAUCCCACAAUCGACAGUCUUCACUCAGGAGUCCACAGCCUCCCCAACAAGCACAGUUUUCACAGAAACAGCUGGAAUUCCUGAGACCUCCUACACCUCAGCUGUUACUGAUGAGCCUACAGCCUCACCACAUAUUCCAACUUCUACUCAAACAACUCAAGACGCUGAGACAUCCACAACACUCUUGACUCAAGGACCUACCCACUUCCCAUCACCCUCAGUUGGAACAGAAACCCCUGUACCCACUGAGACUUCCCACACCUCACCUGUAAGUGAGGCGUCCACAACGCACUAUUGGACCUUGACCUCAACACAGGCAACUCAACCUACAGAGACCUCAGAAAUAAGGUCCACUCAUGCACCUACAACCUUCCCCAGCCAUGCGGUUUCCACAGAAACAGCCCUUCCUCUUCACAUCUCUCCAACCACAGGACACACUGAGGCACACACAACCUCCCUGAGCGGCUUGGUUUCUACACAAGCACCUCCAGUAACCAGGAGCUCUCAGGGAACAGGGUUCACUCAGGAAUGGACCACUCUCCAGAGCACCACAAUUUCAACAGAGACUGCUGUACCCCCUGAGACCACCUACACCACAUCACAACCUGAGGAAUCUUCAACUUCCACAAACCACCCGAUUUCCACACAGGACACUCAGGGCACGGACAACACCCCAGGAGUCUUCCCUCAGGACUCUACGACCUUUGCGGCCAGCUCCGUUUCACCAGAGACAGCUGUCCCCGCUCAGAGCUCCCACACCAACCACCAACCCCAGGCGUUCACAACAUACCCUAGCAGCCCGAUUUCCACACAAGCAACUCAAGCUCCUGACAUGUCUCAAACAACAGCCUACGUGAAGGAAUCCACAUUAUUCCAGAGCAGUCCAGUUUCCACACCAACACCUGCAACUGCUGACACCUCACCCACCACAGGACAGUUGGGGGCACACACAACCUCCCUGAGCGGCGUGCUUUCAACACAGGCCACUCAAGACACGGAGACCUCUCAGGGAACAGUCUUCACUCAGGAGGCCACAACUCUCCGGAACACCUCAAUUUCAACAGAGACUGCUCUUCCUCCUGAGACCAGCCACACCUCAGCCCUGACGGAGCCUUCUACAGGCUCCCCAAGAAGCCCAGUUUCCACGCAUUCUUCUCAAAACACCGAUUCCUUGCAGACUACAGUCUUCACAGAGGAAGCUACAACCAGCUCAGGUUCCUCACAAACAGCCCUACCUCCUGAGACGUCCUUCACUGCAGCCCCAACUGAAGCUUCCACGGCCUACCAAAGCCACCCAACUUCAACAGCAGGGAUCCCACAAUCGACAGUCUUCACUCAGGAGUCCACAGCCUCCCCAACAAGCACAGUUUUCACAGAAACAGCUGGAAUUCCUGAGACCUCCUACACCUCAGCUGUUACUGAGGAGCCUACAGCCUCACCACAUAUUCCAACUUCUACUCAAACAACUCAAGACGCUGAGACAUCCACAACACUCUUGACUCACGGACCUACCCUCUUCCCAUCACCCUCAGUUGGAAGAGAAACCCCUGUACCCACUGAGACUUCCCACACCUCACCUGUAAGUGAGGCGUCCACAACGCACUAUUGGACCUUGACCUCAACACAGGCAACUCAACCUACAGAGACCUCAGAAGUAAGGUCCACUCAUGCACCUACAACCUUCCCCAGCCAUGCGGUUUCCACAGAAACAGCCCUUCCUCUUCACACCUCUCCAACCACAGGACACACUGAGGCACACACAACCUCCCUGAGCGGCUUGGUUUCUACACAAGCACCUCCAGUAACCAGGAGCUCUCAGGGAACAGGGUUCACUCAGGAAUGGACCACUCUCCAGAGCACCACAAUUUCAACAGAGACUGCUGUACCCCCUGAGACCACCUACACCACAUCACAACCUGAGGAAUCUUCAACUUCCACAAACCACCCGAUUUCCACACAGGACACUCAGGGCACGGACAACACCCCAGGAGUCUUCCCUCAGGACUCUACGACCUUUGCGGCCAGCUCCGUUUCACCAGAGACAGCUGUCCCCGCUCAGAGCUCCCACACCACCCACCAACCCCAGGCGUCCACAACAUCCCCUAGCAGCCCGAUUUCCACACAAGCAACUCAAGCUCCUGACAUGUCUCAAACAACAGCCUACGUGAAGGAAUCCACAUUAUUCCAGAGCAGUCCAGUUUCCACACCAACACCUGCAACUGCUGACACCUCACCCACCACAGGACAGUUGGGGGCACACACAACCUCCCUGAGCGGCGUGCUUUCAACACAGGCCACUCAACAAUCGGAGACCUCCAAAUCUGUCUCCAAUCCACCGUUAACCGCCUUUUCCAGUAGUGGGACUUCAGUGUCCACCCGUCGUCCCUUCCUGAGUUCUGCAUCUACCGUGUAUUUUGAUCAGUCACCUGUCGUCCGUUUGCCAUCAGAGUUACCCUCAACCACUUUAGUAACAGAAGGACUUUCUUCCUCUCCCAGCAGUUCGCGGUCACCAUGGCUUCCAGCUCCCUCUGCCACUCGCCCACGCCCUGUCUCUCCUUCUUCUUACCCUAGUCUUCCUAGUAACCCAACCUCUACGCACUCCCCGACAUCAACCCAUCGUCCUGAAACCACAGUUCCCGGUUCUGAGCCUCUGACUUCACAGCAUCAUCUCUCGUCCUUGCCAGUCCACGACUCCUCUCCGUCCCAGACAGGGCCUCCCUCUUCUUCUCCUCCGUCCUCCGCCCACCUCCCCUCCCCUUACAGCACCGUCCCAGUCUUCAGUGGCGUCUCUUCUGCCCGUCCUCCUUUCCCCAGGACACCGCCUGCUUCCGUGACGACUCCACACAGCUCUUUGCCACCGCAGGACUGCCACAACGGAAAGUGGAACGGACAUCAGUGUGAAUGCAAGUCAGGCUACACGGGCCAGCUCUGCGACUCCAUCCUGUACUCCUUCCCCGUGGAGAUCCCGAAUGUUGUCAAUGCUACAGUGUCCAUGAUAGUUAAAGUGACCAACCGGAACUUCACGAGUGACAUGAAGAACAAGUCCUCCGAGGCCUACAAGAACUUCCAGAACCUCUUCCUGAGCCAGAUGGAUAAAGUUUAUGAGGGCGACGACCUUCCCCAGUACAAAGAAGUGAUCAUUAGAGAGCUGCUCAACGGCAGCAUCGUGGUGGAAAGUGAUGUCAUUCUAGAAGCAAGCUACACCCCGGAGUAUCAGACACUGUUCAGAAACCUCACGAAGAUCGUGAGGAACAAGAUCAUGAACGAGACUAGAGCAUAUGAAACUGACACUUCUCUGUGUCAAAACGCCAAACUGUGCUACAACACUAACUUCACCACUGUGGAUAUGGAGACUAUAAAGUUCAGCUUCAGCCCUGCUGAGCUUUGCAACCAGAAGGCUGCCGAGGACUUUGGCCAGUACUUCUACCCGGAGGUUGUGGAGGGAAGGCUGACCUGCGUGAACAAUUGCACUCAGGGGGCGAAGUCGCAACUCAACUGCAACCUGGGCCGGUGCCAGCUGCUCCGCUCAGGGCCCCAUUGCGUGUGCCCAAACACAGACACCCACUGGUACUGGGGGGAGACUUGCCAGUCUAGAGCCAGCAAGAGACUUGUGUAUGGACUUGCGGGCACCGUGCUGGCAGUGCUGCUGGUCCUGGUCGUCUUGGCUGUCUUCCUUGGUCGGUCCCAGAGAAGACAACACAGGGCAAAGUACAACCCGUCUCAAGCGUGGCAGAGAGAAACUCUCCCUGGAACCUUCAAGAGCACAGGCGUCUGGGAAGGCCAGAAUCUGAAAGAGGACAAACUUGGCCUGGAGAAAGGGCGCAGCCACUUCCAGCCAAACCUGCAGCACGUGCACCCCGAUGCUGAGCUCAGCUUUCAGAGUCCCAAGGUGGUGAAGUCAGCAGCCCCGUGAGAACAGGAGCGCGCCUGCCCACCACACCCCCCUCCAGAUUUAGACAAGAGAGGGCCGGAGUCCCCACCACAGGUAUUCCUGUCUGGUUAAGACGAAGCCGACACCGGGUCCCAAAGUGUGUGCUCUGAGGUGACCCGAGUUGGUUCAUGGGUCGCUUUCCAGAAGACGGGGGCAAAGAGCAAAAAGCCAAGGACUGAGAGGCAGGACCGCCUCCUCCGUGCUCGGGAACCAGAGGCCUCUGAGCACCUUGGCAUCUUUAUCUUUGUGUAGGUUCCGCCCUGCUCUGGAAUUUCCCUAUCAAUAAAGCAAUUCUUCAAUGCA